AUGGGACCGUUAGUCCGCAGUCUGUUCACAUUGCUUCACGACACUGGGGGCAACUCGAAGGCCGCUGCAGCGAGUGGUGCGGACGGGCUUCUUGUGUGGGAGGCUAAGUGCGCUCCGGCAUCAGGGAUUUUUUUAAACUUCUCCAACUCGCAUUGUCACCUGCCCUUUCCGGAAGCAAAAACUGAGACCCCCAUCAAGCCCUGGGAUGCUCGCUGGAUUCCCCUGAGCCCUCGUGAUAUUUGCAAGGGGCCCUGCAAGGGGCCCUGCAAAGGGCCCUGCAAGGCCCUGCAAGGGGCGUGCAGGGUGCUGCUCCUUGUGUUCCCAUGUGGGAAUCCGGAGCCGAAUCGGCGAUUCUCCAGCAAGCCCUAA